AUGAGGAAAACUAGGAGAACGGAUCCAGGUCGCAGUGAUGCUUCGAAUGCACAAGAUGUUCCAACUGCACCUGAAGCUCCUAACCCAACAGCUGCUACUUCAAGCGCUCCGGGUUUAGAUGUUGCAAUAUUGGAGCAUAUGAUCCAAGAGGUUGUUAAUAGAGCUUUAAGGAGAACCCCGUCGGAAAGUACAACUACUCAGGUGACAACAGGAACAACCAAUGUGUUACCAAGUCAAGCAAUAGGGACAAAUCAAGAGAAGAUCCGGUAUGAUACGUACCUGUUGAGAGGAGAUGAUAUGACAUGGUGGGAGCUUAUGGAGCAGACUCAAGAUACUACCACUCUCACUUGGUCAGGGUUCAAGGAAUUGUUUGAGGAGCAGUACCGGACAGAAGACAUGAUAUCCUCAAAACUACAAGAGUUUAUUAGUCUGCAACAAGGAAAUAUGACAGUCAAAGAGUAUUCAAUCAAGUUCAACUCCUUGGCUAAGUUUGCAUCCACACUGGUUAGUACACCACAGACCCGAUUGGAGAGAUUUGUGGGGGGACUUCAUCCCACUAUUGCCAGAGAUGUUAUGUCGGGUCAUCAGCCCUCCCAAACAUAUAGUGAAGCACUCGCUAGAGCCAUCAGAGCAGAGGUGUACUUACAAAAGGAGACCAGAUUAGCUAUUUCCCCAACAAUGGCAAGUAGUCCUCUCCAGCUUGGCCAAUCCAGUAGUGCAGAACAAGUUGUUGGCAAAGACGAUAAGGGUAAAGGCAAGAAAGGAGUCCUACCUAAAGCCAACAAGAAGGACAUGAAGAAAAAAGGCCAACAAAGGAAAGGUGAGGUCAGUUACUGUAAGAAAUGUCGGAGAAGACACCGGGGUAAAUGUCUAGUGGGGACCAAUGUUUGUUUCAGAUGCCGCCAGCCAGGUCAUAUUGCUAGAGAUUGCCCUAUUAGUUCUGCAACUUCAGUACCUGCAGUUGGAGGCACAAUAGCCAGGGUAUAUAAUGUGGCCCAGAUGCAGGCAGAUGCCAGCCCUUCAGCAUUCACUGGUCAGUUAUUAUUCCAUGCUACUCCUUUGUAG